AUGAAGUUCGGGAAGCGAUUGAGCAACCAGAUCGAGGAGACCCUGCCCGAGUGGAGGGACAAGUUCCUCUCGUACAAAGAUCUCAAGAAGCGCCUCAAGCUCAUCGAACCCUCCUCCACCGCCGGGGGAGUUUCGGGUCGCGACGGGCUUCCCCCCUCCAAGCGGCCUAGGCUGGCCCCGACCGAUGGGGCUGUCGCGGAGGAUGUCAGCAAGGGAGGGGAUCCAGCCGCUUCGGCGUUGGGUAAUAAUGCGGCGAUGACGGCAGAGGAGGAGGGAUUCAUGAGGUUGCUCGAGGCAGAGCUGGACAAAUUCAACACCUUCUUCGUGGAGCAAGAGGAGGAGUACAUCAUCCGCCAGAAGGUACGGAUUACCGCUUUCCCUCUUCCCCCUUUUAGUUUUCCUCCGCCGUCCCCCAUUUUCCUCUGUCAAACGUCGUUUCUCCGGUGAGGCCAUUCCGGCAGGAAUUCCAGAGACUGUCGUUCCUCUUUCACCACAUGCCGCAUCAUCUCUCCCACCCUAUCUCCUCAACAUCGACCGCCUCCGGAGGCUUACUUUGCUCACAAGCGACCGAGGGGGAACACAUCUAGAUCCCUAGUGUUGACGUUAUCUCCACAAGGAAACGGCACGCGCCGCGCAGAAACCGAAAUCCUUGGUGAACUAUUCUCUAUCCCUGGUGAUCCCUCCCCACUCCGUCGGUUUUGCCUGGCACCCCCCUCCCUGAUCAAUUGGAUCUUCGCCGCACCGCGGAAAACCCCGAAAAUGUCGAAGAAAUGGGGAUUUCUUUCAUCGAUUGACCUCUCUUUGCCCCAGAGGCGUCCCCAAUGAUGCUCUGUUGUCGGAUGACGGGAAGACCCACGAAUAAGCCGAACAAACCCGUCGUGAAUUUUGAUGGAUGGGUUGUUUGCAGUCUGUUUUCCACCGGCAAGGGGGGGAAUGUGAAACGCGGUUCACUUCGAUGAUCAUUCUCCGUGCUGUCCCUUGGAAAAUUUCGUCUGUUGGGUGGGUGUAAGUCGAGAUUUUGACAAACGCUGUGUUGGAUCUGCGCUGGUGCAGGAGCUACAGGACAGGUUGAGGGCCGCCAAGGACUUCAGAGAGGAGAUGCUGAAGGUGAGGAAGGAGAUUGUCGACUUCCACGGCGAGAUGGUCCUCCUCGAGAACUACAGCGCCCUCAACUACACUGGUACGCCCGCCUUACGUCUGGGUGUCGGAGAUGAGCUUAUUAGGGCAGAAGGGUAGAUCCAACUCCUCUUUCGAUGUGAGCAGGGUUGGUGAAGAUUCUCAAGAAGUACGACAAGAGGACGGGGGCCCUCAUCCGGCUGCCCUUCAUCCGGAGAGUGCUUCAGCAGCCCUUCUUCACCACCGACCUGCUGGACCAGCUCAUCAAGGAGUGCGAAAGGAUGCUCGACGGCCUUCUCCCUGUUGCGGAGGAGACGUCCGUGUCCCCCGGCGCUUGCAGGAACGGGGACGCCGCCGAAGAGGGGAGCAGCGGACCAUCAACCACGGUCGCCGGGGAAGGUCGGGGGAUCCCGGAACUGGAGGAGAUAGAGUUCAUGGAGAGCCUGUACAUGAAGAGCACCGUGGCGGCGCUGCGGGUUCUCAGAGAGAUCAGGAGCGGGAGCUCCACCGUCAGCAUCUUCUCUCUGCCGCCGCUGCAGAUAAGCGGGGCGGAGGACCGGUGGCCCAAGAUCCCCGUGCUGGAGGAGCAAGCGGCCAAGUAA